AGGUGUAUCUACCGGCAUUGUGCAUUAAGGCAUAACGGUGGUCUCGUAGAAUCUCGAAAAGUGCUACGAUUGUGUUAAAAGAUUUCUGUGAUUCAAGCAAUAAAUUAUAUAAAAGCAAUCAGAAUGGUUUUAAACGUACCGGUAUUGAAAUUCUACAACGGCAAUGAGGUACCGGCUUUCGGUUUGGGCACAUGGAAAUCCAAACCCGGAGAAGUCACUCAGGCUGUUAAGUACGCAAUAGAUAUUGGAUACCGCCACAUUGAUUGUGCUCACGUAUAUGGGAACGAAAAGGAAGUUGGUGCUGCUCUUAAAGCAAAAAUUGAAGAAGGUGUUGUAAAAAGGCAGGACCUUUUUAUUACGAGCAAAUUAUGGAACACUUACCAUAAAACAGAGUCGGUCGAACCUGCCAUUAAAAAGACACUGGCUGACUUGGGUCUUGAAUAUUUGGAUCUUUACCUUGUUCAUUGGCCAAUGGCUUAUAAAGAAGGCGAUGAAUUAUUCCCAAAGAAUGCUGAUGACUCUAUAGCCCUAAGCAAUACAAAUUAUCUAGACACAUGGAAGGGUAUGGAAGGUUUGGUUUCCAAGAAACUCGCUAAGAACAUUGGUGUUAGCAAUUUUAAUUCUGAACAAAUAGAAAAUUUGCUUAAAAAUUGUACCAUUAAGCCAGUUACAAACCAAAUUGAAUGCCACCCAUACCUAAAUCAGAAGAAGCUCUCGAACUUCUGUAAAGAGAGGGGUAUUCUCAUUACUGCAUACAGUCCCCUUGGAUCUCCGGACAGACCAUGGGCUAAACCAGACGAUCCGAAACUGAUGGACGACAAAAAGUUGUGUGAACUUGCAAAGAAAUAUAAUAAAUCACCUGCUCAAGUUCUAAUCAGAUAUCAGCUGGAUCGUGGACAUAUAGUAAUACCAAAAUCAGUUACAAACUCACGAAUUGCUGAAAACUCCAAUGUCUUUGACUUUAAACUCAAUUCUGAUGAUAUCGCAUACAUCGACACUUUUGAUUGCAAUGGCAGAAUUUGUCCGAUGACAGGCACGGAAUCAAGUCCUCAUUUCCCCUUCCAUAUUCCUUUUUAAAUGAUCGAGGUAAAUUAAGAAUAGAUAUGUACAAAUUGGUAUUGUAAAAUUUACAAUGUUUCUUUAUAUGUUCCUUUUUUACGAAAACUUCGUAUAAAAUAAAUUACACUUUAAUUAAAACAUCUGUACAUUAAUU